GUAUGUGGUGUAUGUAUGGAUUUUGAAAAUCUGUGUGUGUGUUUAUGUUUUUUUUUGUAAUUUUUUUCUGCGUCAUUCCUCGUACACUCAGAGUGUUUUGGUUGUUAAUCUUGAUUUCGUUUUGGUCUCCAUUUCUUGAAUGCAAUUGGAACUCUGGUUUGUUUGAUGAUGCUUUGGGAGCAAUCGAUGUUGUCGGGUUGACUCAGGUCAGCUACAUUGGGUUUGACUUUAAAUGUUGUCUGGAGAGAGUCCAACGUAUCAGAAGAAACUGCUACCUUGCUGAUUCGUUAUGGUCAUCGAAUUUAUAUUGUGGUUUCUUUGAUUCACAGCUUCCUUUGCUCUGUGUAUGAAGUAACAAUGGAUGUUGUUGUCCCAAGAAGAGAACGCUCAAAAACUUCGCAAGCUGAGGAUAAGCUGGCAUUGUCCAGAUGCUCGAAAGUUUACAGAAAAUCGAAGAGAAAAGCUGAAGAAAUGUCUGAAAAUGGUGAUAAGAAAUCCGAACUGAAAGGGAAAGAAGGUGAGAUGUGUUUAAAGAAGAAUUGUGCAGUAAGGGUGACUAAAAAGAAGAGAAAGGUUCGAGAAAGCUAUAUGUUUGAUAAUAUAAAACCAAAGUUAGAUGCCAAAGAAGAUUCCUGUUUACCGAGGACAAGAAAACUACCAUGCAAGAGAAGAGAUGAGAAACAAAAGCUUACUGUCUCAAACAAUAAAAGGAAAUAUAAAGAUGAUUUCUCGAGUGAUGAUUUAGAAGAUGAAGAAAUGCUUGUUAUCUUAAGAUCAAAGACCAGGAGCAGAUUGAGAAGAAUGAAUAAUGUGAAGGAUGUUGAACAAAAGCCCCGAAUCUGUCAUCAAUGCAUGAAAAAGGAGAGAACACUUUUUGUGCCUUGUACUAAAUGCCCGAAAAUGUACUGUAUGCAGUGUUUGGAUAAAUGGUACUCUGAUAUGACAAUAGAAGAAAUUGCUGCAAGUUGCCCGUUUUGCCAGAAAAACUGCAAUUGCAAUGUUUGCUUGCGCGCAAGAGGAAUGAUUAAGACAUCUAACAGGGACAUAACUGAUUAUGAAAAAGCUCAGUAUCUGCAUUAUAUGAUCAACUUACUCCUACCAUUUUUGAAACAAAUUUGUCAUGAACAAAGUCAAGAGGAGCAGAUUGAAGCUAAAAUACUAGGAAAACCUUCUUUUGAGAAGGAAAUACCUCGAAGUCUUUGUGGCAACGAUGAACGUGUCUAUUGUGAUCAUUGUGCUACUUCAAUUAUUGAUCUUCAUAGAAGCUGCCCCAGAUGUUCCUAUGAACUCUGCCUCAGUUGUUGCCAAGAAAUACGUGAUGGAAGAAUUACACCCCGGGUGGAGCAGAAGUUCUCAUAUGUGAAUAGGGGCUAUGAUUAUAUGCAUGGUGGAGACCCUCUACCUGUGUCUAAUGAUUUCAGGACAUCAGAAUGUCAAACCAAGCUAUCUAAUGUGUGGAAUGCUAAGAGUGAUGGAAUCAUCCGAUGUGCACCAAAGGAGUUGGGGGGUUGUGGCAGUGCUGCAUUGGAGCUGAGACGUGUCCUACCAAGUGGCUGGAUAUCUGAAUUGGAAAUCAAAGCUCGCAGGACGCUGAAAAUUUGGGAAGAUGAAAACACAACUCGUAAGCUAGAAAAAGCAGCAUCAAGCUACACCUCUUUGAGAAAGGAAGCUAUGAAAGAAGACAUAAAUGGCAAUAAUAUGUACUGUUCAGAGUCAAGUAGCAUUCAAAAGGGAGAGUUGUUGCUUUUCCAAAAGCAUUGGGCUAAUGGCGAACCAAUUAUAGUUCGUGAUGCCGUUAAACUGGGGACCGGUCUGAGUUGGAAGCCGAUGGUAAUGUGGCGAGCAUUGUGUGAAAAUAGGGCUUCAGAGGUCAGUUCAAAAAUGUCAGAAGUGAAAGCCAUUGAUUGCCUGGCUAAUUGUGAGGUAGAAAUCGAUACUCGCACAUUUUUCAAAGGUUAUAUCGAGGGAAGAACAUACAGAAAUCUCUGGCCAGAGAUGCUGAAGCUAAAAGACUGGCCCCCCUCUGAUAAAUUUGAAGAUCUUUUGCCCCGCCACUGUGAUGAGUUUAUUCGCUCAUUGCCAUUCCAAGAGUACAGUGAUCCUCGGAGCGGAAUUCUCAAUCUUGCUGCGAAGUUGCCAGCCCAUGUCAUAAAACCUGACAUGGGUCCGAAAACUUAUAUUGCCUAUGGGAUCAAAGAAGAGCUUGGUAGAGGAGACUCUGUAACAAAGCUUCACUGUGAUAUGUCAGAUGCGGUCAAUAUUUUAACGCAUACAGCAGAGGUGAUGUUAACUGAUGAGCAGCACUUAAUUAUUUCAAAGUUGAAAGAAGCACACAAGGUACAAGAUGAGAGAGAGCAGCGUGCUGAAGAAAGGGUUACCAACAGCCUGAACUGCCGAACUUUCAAAGAGAACAAAGUACGGAUAGAAAACAAGGUAGUUUUAGAAUCCAAUGACAUAGAGAAGCGUCCUAUUGAAAUUAAUGGAAGGAUAUUUACAAAGGAUGUACAUGAAGAGGUCGCUUCUGCUAUAGAGAAUGAAUCAACGGAAACAGGCAGUGCUCUAUGGGAUAUCUUUCGAAGAGAAGAUUCUAAGAAGUUAGAAUCAUAUCUCAGGAAACACUCAAAAGAAUUUAGACAUACUUAUUGUUCUCCAGUUGAACAGGUUGAACAUCCAAUUCAUGACCAAUGUUUCUAUUUGACAUGGGAGCACAAGAAGAAGCUGAAGGAGGAGUUCGGUGUAGAACCGUGGACUUUUGAGCAAAAACUUGGGGAGGCUGUCUUUAUUCCUGCUGGAUGCCCACAUCAAGUCAGGAAUCUCAAGUCAUGCACAAAAGUUGCGGUAGACUUUGUGUCUCCGGAAAACAUCCAUGAGUGUCUGCGUUUAACUAAUGAGUUUCGCCAGCUUCCCAAGAACCACAAGGCUAGAGAAGAUAAGCUUGAGAUAAAGAAGAUGAUAGUUUAUGCCAUUGAUGAAGCUGUCACAGACCUUAAAGCUUUACUAAAGUUUUCAUGACUGGCUGAAGGCUGCUUUCGUACUUCAUUUUUCCUUGGUUGCUGAUACUCUUGUGUAUAUUAAGUGUCCAGAUAGAAAUUGUUAAGUCCGAAUGUUCAUUGCAGAGUUAUAGUCUAGAUAGAAAAUUGUGAAGUUAGAAUUCUUUAUUGGAGAGCUAAAGCCACUCCCAAUUCAGUGUUUCCCAUUUUGGUAAUAAUGUAGGAACUUCUUUUUUUGUCAGAGUUACAUGUUAGAUGAGAAUUGAGUGUUUCCUGUUUUGGUAAUAAUGCAGGAACUUUUGUCUUACAUUUUAGAUGACAAUUCUCAGUUUUGUAAACAGAUAAUAAUGACCAGAGGAAUAAAAAAGGACUAAUGAAAGUUAUCGCAUUCAUUGGCGAAGAAAAUUCAAGUA